AAUUAAUUUUUUCCCUCCUUUCCUCGUUUAACUUCGGAACAAACGAGGAAGAAGCAUUCUUUGAAAGCAAAAAGAAAAACAGAAAAAUAACAAUAUAUACAUAUACACACACACAUAUAUAUAUAUACAUAUAUAUAUAUAUAUAGUGCGAGAGACUAUAACGGCCGCAUUAUUACACGAAAAGGUGUCAUCCAUCCUAAUUCUCCUUCACACAAAUUAUCGUCUUCUAAUAUUUACGUGAAACUUCAAGCACCAAGACAGAUUUGCUAAGAUGCCUUUGAAGAAUAACGACAAUAAGGUUUCAAACCAGACCUACUCGGAGUUAAAAAAUCCAGUUCAGAAUAAAGUCUACAAAAGAGAUCCAGACAAAAGGAUCUUUGUGAACCGGGGUCUCCUCAUGCAGAAAGUGAAAUAUCUCGGGUUUGACAUGGAUUACACUAUCGCCGUUUACAAAUCCCCCAAUUUCGAGGCCCUUGGAUUUGACCUCAUCAAAAAGAAAAUGAUUCUCAUGGGUUACCCUAAUGCUAUUGAGGACUUUGAGUAUGACCACACCUUCCCAAUAAGAGGGUUGUGGUUCGAUACACUCUACGGGAACCUACUGAAGGUUGACAGUUUUGGUUACAUCCUCGUCUGUGUUCAUGGAUUCAGCUUCCUCAGUGGAAAAGAAGUCUAUGAAUAUUACCCCAACAAGUUUGUCCACAUGGAUGAAAAACGGUUCAGGAUCUUCAAUACUCUCUUUGAACUUCCAGUGAUGUACCUUCUCACCUGUCUAGUAGAUUUCUUCACCAACCAUCCAGACUACACAUUUAUGAAGACAGGUGUGAAGUGUGCAGACCUGACCAUAGCCUACAAGUCAAUCUACCAAGACGUCCUCCAGGCAGUUGACUAUGUUCAUGGGAAAGAUGGUCCACUAAAACAAGAAACACUGAAGAAGGUUGCCACUUAUGUAGUGAAAGAUGAAAGACUUCCGAUACUCCUGGACAGAAUGAGAUUCCAUGGGACAAAGGUUUUCUUAGCUACAAACAGUGACUACAACUAUACUAAUAAUGUAAUGAGUUAUUUACUUAACGAUGCUGAAGAGGGGAGGAAUUGGACAACCUAUUUUGAUUACAUUGUAGUUGAUGCAAAGAAACCUCUCUUCUUCACUGAAGGAACAAUUUUACGCCAAGUUGACCUGAAAACAGGAGCCCUGAAAAUAGGGACCCACACAGGACCAAUGCAAAGCGGACAUGUUUACUCAGGGGGAUCCUGCAAUGUGUUCACAGAUCUGAUUGGUGCCAUGCACCGAGACGUACUCUAUGUUGGUGACCACAUCUUUGGAGACAUUCUCAAAUCGAAGAAAACAAGUGGUUGGAAGACUUUCCUCAUAGUUCCGGAAAUUACACAAGAACUGAAGGUUUGGACCAACAAGCGCUCCCUCUUCGAUAAACUUGAUGAAUAUGAUGCCAAGAUUGCCGAAGAAUACAAGUACCUCGACAGCAGCAGUCAUGUAUGCCCUGACAUCACAGCAUACCAAAGCAAAAUCAAGUCUGUAACACAUGAAAUGGACAUGGAAUACGGAGUAUUGGGAAGUUUAUUUAGAAGUGGUUCUCGACAGACCUUCUUUGGGGCCCAAGUUAUGCGGUACGCCGACCUUUAUGCUGCCUCAAUUCUCAACUUGCUCUAUUACCCAUUCAGCUAUGUAUUUAGAGCACCACCAAUGUUGAUGGCUCAUGAAUCAACUGUGUCGCACGAGAAACAAGUGGUCGGCAGUGAUCUGAUGGCCAGCCGUUCCCGCUCUUUCAGCGAGAACUUAUCAGGCAUUUCCACCGAUGCCGCCAUUCCCAAGAGGAAAACAUUGCAGCGUGCAGACAGCCUGGUACCACACCUUUAUGCCGACACCCCGAAGGAAAUCACUCAAAUCCUUGAAUUCGAUGAAGAAGAGGAGAAAAGCAGAGACAUCAAAGAAGAAGACGAAGAAAACUAUGCUGACCAAUAAUCAACAUCGAAUGUUACUAAUUAGCAAUUAAGUGGAAGAUAUAACCACUUGCUUCCUUUCUUUCGAUUUUUUUCUUUUCUUAUAUAUACUUUAUACUUCUAUAUUCUCUGUACUUCUAUAUACCCUCUAUAAUUGUGUAUAUUUUGUACAACUGUUUAAUCUAUACUCUUAUAUACCCAAUACAACUGAAUAAUCCCUCGGGUUUGAAAAUAUUA